AUGAUUGAAUCGUCCAGAGAAGUAGGCGAUGUGCCCAUAGGCGAGGACCCCGCCCGCCUUCUCAUAGAAGCAAGCUCGUCCGGCAAUGACACCGCCCUCCAGAGCUUGCUAUCGCAGCCACAAUGGAUCAAGACAAUACUCGAAAAGCCGGACACCAUUUCUUCUGAAAUGCGUCCACUUGAAGGUCCAAACGAUGUCCGGGAGGUCAUGGUAACGCCAAUGUCAAACCUCGAACGGGCCCUGAGAGCAGCAGCCAUGAAUGGCCAAGCUGCAGCUUUGUCCACAUUGACCGCCUUCGCAAUACAGCAAGGCACUCACCCUGACCUUAUAACGAGAUGGAUAAUCAACAAGGUCAUCAUGAGUGGGAGUGGUGCUGCAUUCAAGGCACUAGCAUCUGCAAACCCGACAUCCAACGUCGUCAACUUCCCGGUCCACCACGGCUUUUGGCCACUUUACGAGGCCGUGAGGCUAAGGAAACCCGAUGUGGUCGCUGCGCUGCUCGAGCUUGGGGCGGAUCCAUUCCGUCCUGUUGAUCCGUCGAGGGAACUUGCCACCUACAACUCGUCUCUGCUGUCUCGCGCUGCAUUUUCUGAAGGUCCGCGCAUGACUAAGAUGCUCUUGGAACGCGGUCUCCCUGUCGCUCAGACCGGUGCACUACAUACCGCCGCAGGCUGUGGUCAACUCGAUACCAUGCGCCUCCUGAUGGAGCAUGGCGCGGACGUGGACGAGGUCCUUCCCCAAUUCGAGAGGGGCGAAGUCGGCGCCAUGAAGUUGCUGGAGGACAGUGGGGCGCGCUGUGACUUGAAGGAUGUGAAUGGGAGGACACCUGCGCAACUGCUGGAACGGCGCAACACCCUGCUCGAGGAGCGCAACAACGCUGAGCACAAGAUACCGAUUGGAGAUGAGAUUUCUGAAGAUUUGGUGCAAUACAACCAUUUUCUGCGAUAA